AUGACAGCGCUUCACAAAUCCAUCCAUUUUGUCUGUUAUGUCUGCAAACUGGAGAAUCGGAUGUUGUCACGCAACCUUGUCCAUCCAGAUAAUGAACGAAGAUAAAAGUCCAGCUGACAAGCUAUGUCAAGGACUGACGGCCCGCCUCGCCCUGCAGGCCCGUCCCAGUGUUGUAUAAAAAGGCUCAGCUCUGCAGUAGAACCUGCUCUGUAUGUCUCCUUCAACAACAGUCACCAACCAUGAUGAGGAUUAAUGUGUUUUCUUUUCUCUUAAUGUUCCAUCUUCACAAGGCACAGGAACAUGUUGUUAAUGAAUUUUAUCCUCUUGUUGAGAAAGCUCCAAGCAGUUUUGUGGACCACCCACAGAGCAAUCAAACCAGGCUGAUGGUGAAAGAACCGUCUUUGCCCAUCAAUGAACUUUUAGAGAAGAGUAGCAGGACCGGCGAGUCCAAAUUCUCCCUCCUUCCUUUGCCUUCCGCCAUCUGGCCAAAACACAGCGACCUGGCACCCGUCCCUCGCCACCAUGGCCCCCACAACAAGAGCAAGCGCGGCCCCAAGAGCGAGCACCUGCUGGAGUUGAACACGGAUAAAACCAGAGGAGAAACAGCCGGUCUCCUUCCCAAACCUUCUCUGACGGCGUCGACAGCUCCGGCCGCUAACCGCACCGCUCAGACCGUCAUCAACCCGCCUCACCCCACCGAGCCGGAGGGCUAUCCCAACUCCAGAUCCAGGAGCGCCCCUCACCCACAGCCUGCUCCAGCACCUUCUCCUCGCAGGGAGCCCUCCAACAGACGCCUGGACCCAGAGGAGAACCGCCCGGGGAAAGCAGGUCUCUACCAAACGGGAAUCGGCGCGGCGCCGCCUCGGAACAACAGCCGGCCGCCUGUCACCUUCAACCGGCGCUCCGCCAGCCUCCUCUACCAAUUUGAUCUCCUCAGACGAGAAUCCGAACUCCCCCAUGAUGCCUUCUGCAUGAGCGAGUGCAGGAAGGAGAAGGAUGAGAGGGAUUAUUACUGCUACAGCGAGUUUGCUGUCAACGGGGUCGUCCAUGACAUUGACGUCCUUCGUAAAGGGAUACGUCUCAUUACUCUGAUGGUGAGCAGCGACGGGUUCUACAAGAUGAGUCGCCUCUAUGCCACCCCUGACAGCUUCUUCUUCAAAGUGCGACUUCUGGUCUUGGACACUUACAAAUGCAGCAAACCCUGUCCUGAUAUCAAACUUGGAACCAGAUACAUCGUAAUGGGCCAAAUCUACCACCGGAGACGACAUCUUCCAAACGAUCUCCUGAACCUGCUCGGGGCCCGACUAAAACCAGGCGACGGCAUCCUCAGGAGCAGCAAUUAUGUAAAAAGGUUCAACAAACGGAAGCACCAGAAGGUCCUGGAAGCCACCCGCUCCAAGUGUCGGUGAACUCAAACGUGAGACUUUUGCCCCGCUUGCACACAGCAUCUUAUCUGAACCGCUUCCAAAUAACCUUUGAGUAUUAUUACACCAGAAGACGGUUAAGAGGCAACACGAGUAGUGAUUAGCAAGUUUGCAUCGCAGUCGAGAGGUAGUGGGUUGAAAUCUCGACUCUAGCCUUCCUGUGUGGAGUUUGCAUGAUCUCCCUGUGCUCGCGUGGGCUUUUUCCAAGUACCCCAGUUUCCUCCCACAUUCCGAAAACAUGCACAUCUGGUUCCGAAAAGACUAAUAAUCCAUAGGUGUGAAUGGGCAUCCAUUGUACCUCCCCCCGCGUCUCACAUAAAGUCAGUCAGUUGGGAUUUGGGACUUCAAACCGUGAGGACAAAAUUGACAAAAAUGGAUGGAGCAAAGAUGGAAAAGAAUAAAAGUGAAUGGAUUCACUUUAACAUGGACCACCACAGUAACACAAUUCAUCAUUCCGCUAACUACCAACAUGUCUUCUCCUAAAUGGUUUACCAUUAAACUACUUACGACAUUAAUCAAAGAGUUCAUCAGCCUUAAAUAACUGUUAUUCAAAUACCACGUGACCUCUUCAUUUAUUCAUGGCUGGUACAUGAAGCUAAAAGGGGAUACAAUUGGCCCGCACCCAAAAGGGAACUUUCACACUUAACACAUGUAAUCCACAUAUUUGAUCGCCCUGUACUGGUAUUGGGCAGGUUCCGUAAAUGUACUGUAUGUAAUGCCUUUAAAUGACUAUGGAUGCAAACCGUG